CUCCAGGAGCAUGGCGGCCUUCGCUGGGAUGUGUGACGGCGGAUCUACAGAAGACGGUUGCCUAGCAGCCUCGCGAGACGACACCACACUCAACGCACUCAACACGCUUCACGAGAGCAGUUACGAUGCAGGCAAGGCCCUACAGCGCCUGGUCAAGAAGCCUGUUCCCAAACUCAUAGAGAAGUGCUGGUCAGAAGACGAAGUGAAGCGGUUCAUUAAAGGCCUCAGACAGUACGGCAAGAACUUCUUCAAGAUUCGUAAAGAGCUGCUACCCAACAAGGAAACGGGUGAGUUGAUAACCUUCUACUACUACUGGAAGAAGACUCCUGAGGCGGCGUCGUCCAGGGCCCACCGUAGACACCGUCGCCAGCCUGUGUUCCGACGCAUCAAGACACGCACCGCCUCCACCCCCGUCAACAUCCCGUCUAGACCUCCCUCCUCAGAGUUCUUGGACCUGAGUUCAGCCAGUGAAGAUGACCUGGACAGUGAAGACAGUGAGCAGGAGCUGAAGGGUUACGCCUGCAGACACUGUUUCACCACCACCUCUAAGGACUGGCACCACGGGGGCAGAGAGAACAUCUUGUUGUGUACAGACUGUCGUAUCCACUUUAAGAAGUACGGCGAGCUGCCCCCCAUCGAGAAGCCAGUCGACCCGCCUCCGUUUAUGUUCAAACCCGUCAAAGAGGAUGAGGAUGGACUCAGCGGGAAACAUAGCAUGAAGACCCGACGCAACAGAGGAUCGAUGUCGACGCUCCGUAGUGGCCGGAAGAAGCAGACAGCCAGUCCUGAUGGACGAGCGUCUCCAACCAAUGAGGACCUGCGGUCUAGUGGCCGUACCUCCCCCUCCGCAGCCUCCACAGACAGCACUGACAGCAAGACAGACCCCAUGAAGAAACCCAGCAAGAAGAUUAAGGAGGAGUCUCCUAUGAAGAGUGCCAAACGCCAGAGAGAGAAGGGAGGAGCCUCAGACACAGAGGACACAGACAACAGGACAAGUGCCAAAAAGUCCAAGACCCAGGAGCUGGGUCGGUCCGACUCGCCGUCAGAAUGCGAGGGAGAGGGAGAGGGCGAGAGCUCCGAUGGGCACAGCGUCAACGAGGAGUGUAGCAGUGACGCUAAAGACAUUGACCAGGAUAACCGCAGCUCCUCGCCCUCCAUCCCCAGCCCCCGAGACGGGGAGAGUGACUCGGACUCCUCCGCCCAGCAACAGCUGCUCCUACUGCAGAGACAAGAGAGAGAGAGGGAGAGAGAGGGGCAAUUGCAGCACCCUCCGGUUAUCCAGUCCUGUCAGCCAGGGACCUCGGGAGGUCGUUCCACCACCCCUCCAUUACCUUCCACGUCCUCCUCAGUCCCCUCACUGGUCCCCCAGAUCCCACCCUCCUCCGCACCCCCCACUUCUCUUCCACUGCCUCUACCGCCUUCCAUGCCCCAACAGGCCGGCCCCCUCUCUCUCAACCAAUCGGGGGCAUCCAUCCACCCGCAGCGGCGGCCCUCCCCCUCGCCUCAUUCUCCGCAGCAGGGGUUGUCUCAGGUUCCACCCCCAGGACCGCCAGGCUCCACCCAGUCGCUACCGAGCACGUUCCACGGCCCGCUGCCCCACUCAUCCUCCAUGGCGCACCCACUCCAAACUGGCCCCUCUCACCUGCCCCACACCCACUCCCUGCCCCCGCAGAGCUUCCCAAUGGGCCCCCAGUCUCAGGUCCCGCCCUCCCCGCUCCCUCUCAGUCAAUCGCAGCAGCCGUCUCACAGGGCCCACACGCCCCCCAUCCAAUCAUCGUCGUCCCAGGGUGGCUCGUCCAAUCAGCCGCACCGCGAGCAGCCCCUACACCCCGCCCCUUCCAUGUCCAUGCCCCACAUCAAGCCCCCUCCCACCACACCCAUCCCCCACAUGCCCAACCGCGACCCUCAGUCUCACAAACACGGGCCUCCACACCUCUCAGCGCCCCCCUUCCCGCAGAUGCCCUCCAACCUGCCCCCUCCACCCGCCCUCAAGCCCCUUUCCUCCCUGUCCGCCCACCACCCUCCUCCUGCCCACCCUCCUCCCCUCCAGCUCAUGCCCCAGGGCCCAGGCCAGCAGCUCCAGCCUCCACCAGCCCAGCCCCCUGUCCUCACCCAGUCCCAGAAUCUCCCCCUUUCAGAGAGAGAGAGAGGCAGCCAGCAUCACCCUCCUCCUCCUCCUCUUCCCCUUUCUGGACCAUCACCGUCCUCCCACCCCAACACACCCCAACAGUCCCCGUUCCCUCCUCACCCCUUCGCCCCUGUCCUGCCCCUCUCCUCCUCUGGCUGUCCUCCCCCCUCCUCAUCCUCCUCUCUACCAGCAGGCCUCCAGCCCCCCUCUUCCUCCAUCUCCAUGCCCCUCCCAGCCUCCGUCGGCUCCGCCUGCCCAGGUCCCGCCGUCCCACCUGUACACAUCAAGGAGGAACCUCUCGACGAAUCAGAGGAGCCCGAGAGCCCUCCGCCCCCUCCUCGGAGCCCCUCCCCCGAGCCUACCGUCGUCAACACGCCCAGCCAUGCCAGCCAAUCAGCACGGUUCUACAAGCACCUGGACCGCGGGUACAACACGUGUGCUAGAACAGACUUCUACUUUACUCCUCUGGCUGCUUCUAAACUGGCCAAGAAGAGAGAAGAGGCGCUGGAGCGGGUCAAGAGGGAGGCCGAGCAGAAAGCCCGGGAGGAGAAGGAGAGGGAGAAGGAACGAGAGAGGGAACGGGAAAGAGAGAAGGAACAGGAGAGAGCUGUGAAAGCCUCCAGUUCGUGUCACGACGGCCGUAUGGGUGACCCCCAGAUGGGUGGCUCCGCCCACAUGCGUCCUCCCUUCGACGGCCCCCCUACCUCCAUCGCCGCGGUGCCCCCUUACAUCGGCCCCGACACGCCCGCCCUGCGCACCCUCAGCGAGUACGCCCGCCCCCACGUCAUGUCCCCGACCAAUAGGAACCACCCCUUCUUCGUCUCCCUCAACCCCAACGACCCCCUGAUGGCCUAUCACAUGCCUGGCCUCUACAACGCCGACCCGGGCAUGCGGGAGCGCGAGCUGCGAGAGCGGGAGAUGAGGGAGAGAGAAAUGAGGGAGAGGGAGCUGAGAGAGAGGAUGAAGCCUGGGUUCGAACACAAACCCCCGGAGCUAGAAGGCAUGCACCCCUCGGCGAACCCCAUGGAACACUUCGCCCGACACGGGGCCAUCUCCUUACCAUCCAUGGCGGGACCGCACCCCUUCGCCUCCUUCCACCCAGGUCUCAACCCCUUGGAGAGGGAGCGUUUGGCGUUGGCCGCGGGACCCCAGCUCAGACCAGACAUGAGCUACCCGGAGCGGCUGGCGGCGGAGAGGCUGCACGCCGAGAGGAUGGCGGCGGUGGCCAACGACCCUAUCGCCAGGCUUCAGAUGUUCAACAUCACACCUCAUCACCACCAGCACUCCCACAUCCACUCACACCUGCACCUUCACCAGCAGGACUCCCUGCACCAAGGCGGUGGUGAAUGUCUAGUGUGCCCUCCAGGUUCGGGGGGGCACCCCCUCGUAGACCCCCUGGCAGGAGGCCCCCACCUCGCCCGCUUCCCCUACCCGCCCGGUGCAAUCCCCAACCCCCUCCUGGGACAGAACCCACACGAACAUGAGAUGCUGCGACACCCCGUCUUCGGUACUCCGUACCCCCGGGACCUUCCUCCCCAGAUGUCCGCAGCCCACCAGCUCCAGGCCAUGCAUGCCCAGUCUGCAGAGCUGCAACGGCUAGCUAUGGAACAGCAGUGGCUGCAUGGACAUCACCACAUGCACGGUGGCCCACUUCCUGGCCAAGAGGACUAUUACAGAUCAUGCAGACGUUUCAAGUGAUCUCGAGUUCCUGAAAUGGACUCCUUUAACAGAAAAACCUGAUGCCGGCUGAAGAAGGAAAGCGACAAGCAACUGUAACCGACCAAUGGGGACGCAGGAAGUUGCCUAGGACACAGGAACAGGAAGUAGUUACAGAGCGGUCUGUCAGUCAGAGGAACUCGAUCUCCGCUCCUCCAAACAUUUCCCGUUACGAAGAACAACAAAAACUGAAGGAGAAAAAAAAAGAGGAGGAUUUUUCUGUCUGUUUUUCCUUCCCUGUUCGUGGGUUGUUUUUUUAUUUUAUUUGUAUUUUUUAAGAACAUUGAGAGACUUUGUUUGGUGUAAAACUAUAGCCUUCAAGUAGUGGCACCGACUUCAAGACUGAUUGUGACUUUCCUGCAUGAAACCUCCUCUAAAGCUUCCACAACGUGUUUGUAGCUAGCACACGUUCACUGUGCUAGUCGAUGGAAAGGAAACCAGGCAGAGAAAAGAACGUUCCAGACAUUAUAUCCACGGAAAGAUUCAAAACAAAGUGCUAUUGUUAUUUUAAUACCUUAUUGGAGGUUUUUAUCAUUUGAACGAAAAGCUGCAGCAUGGCAUUUUUGAGUCUGUAAAUAGUAUAUAUAUAUAUAUAUAUAUAUAUAUACAUAUAAUUAUUAUUAUUAUAAUUGUUACUAGGUGUGGACUCUGAACCAAGUCAUUUAUAAACCUCCAAUAUGUUAUUGUGUUCUGAAGCAUUAUGCCUUGUUUUAACGGGGGGGGGGGGGACAUAGCAUUACUAGAACAGCCAAAGGGUACAGCGAUGGUCCCAGUCCUGUGGUGUGGGGUACCUCAGAGAGCUGUUAUAGCCCCAGACUAUCACAGCGAUGGUCCCAGUCCUGUGGUGUGGGGUACCUCAGAGAGCUGUUAUAGCCCCAGACUAUCACAGCGAUGGUCCCAGUCCUGUGGUGUGGGGUACCUCAGAGAGCUGUUAUAGCCCCAGACUAUCACAGCGAUGGUCCCAGUCCUGUGGUGUGGGGUACCUCAGAGAGCUGUUAUAGCCCCAGACUCUCACAACGAUGGUCCCAGUCCUGUGGUGUGGGGUACCUCAGAGAGCUGUUAUAGCCCCAGACUCUCACAGCGAUGGUCCCAGUCCUGUGGUGUGGGGUACCUCAGAGAGCUGUUAUAGCCCCAGACUCUCACAGCGAUGGUCCCAGUCCUGUGGUGUGGGGUACCUCAGAGAGCUGUUAUAGCCCCAGACUAUCACAGCGAUGGUCCCAGUCCUGUGGUGUGGGGUACCUCAGAGAGCUGUUAUAGCCCCAGACUAUCACAGCGAUGGUCCCAGUCCUGUGGUGUGGGGUACCUCAGAGAGCUGUUAUAGCCCCAGACUCUCACAGCGAUGGUCCCAGUCUUGUGGUGUGGGGUACCUCAGAGAGCUGUUAUAGCCCCAGACUCUCACAGCGAUGGUCCCAGUCCUGUGGUGUGGGGUACCUCAGAGAGCUGUUAUAGCCCCAGACUAUCACAGCGAUGGUCCCAGUCCUGUGGUGUGGGGUACCUCAGAGAGCUGUUGUAGCCCCAGACUAUCACAGCGAUGGUCCCAGUCCUGUGGUGUGGGGUACCUCAGAGAGCUGUUAUAGCCCCAGACUCUCACGUACACAAGACUGACACCUCCUUUCAUUAUACGCCUCUUGACAAGCACCAUAUUGUCAGACAGAAUGCCUGAACUUACUGGGUCGUGUUAAUGAUUUGAGACCCUUGAAGAGGACUGACUAUAUCUCAGAGUCACUGAGUCAUCUAUGGAUCAGCAUAUCCCCCUGCCCUGCCUUGUAGUGUACAAUACCCUGAUGCAGACAUCAUCUAUUGCACUCCAAGGAAGACUAGAUAGAAUCCCUCGGUUACUACUUAAUGGAUGUUAGGUUACUACUCUUUGUGGAAGACUAGAUAGAAUCUCUCAGUGCUUUUAAUUGGUUUUGACACUCUACUCGACAUAAUUAAGAAACGUUUAAAGUUUAUAGGCAGAUUUUUAAACCUUGUUUUACAUUUUUCUUAUACAAUGUAUUAAAUUGUCUUCGUGUCUUCAAGCUACACUGAGACCCCAACGUGUGUUCUGAUCUGACUGUGGGUGAGUGGACUUGUACAAGGGUGCUAGAGGGAACUGCGGGUGGUGGUGGUGAUGUUAACCCUGGUUUCCUCACUCCUCUAUUUGUCCCAAGUGUGGCUGCUACAGCAAGACUUCUCUAGCCCGGUAUGUUUGUGCCGUCUUGACAACUCCUAGGGUACCAGGCUAGUGCGUCUCCUCCAUGAGGGGAUCCUGAUAUAAUGUGUGCUGUGCUGCCAUAUUCACUGUGACUAACAG